CCAUUCGUAUUUCAACAAAACCAAGAAGAUAAAUUACAAGUAAUACAGGGUUUUCCUGACAUUCGAAAGAAAAAACCUGGGAGCGGUGGUGGCAACGUACUCAUUUGCGGCGGAGGUGGAGGUGGUGGCUGGUGGCGUUCCACACGGCUCGAUCGCGCAACGCCAACGGCGGUUAGUUUAGUUUCAUUAGUCGCGUCGUCGCGACAUAAUCCGCCAGUGUUCGCUCUCGUUGAGCACAACCCGCAUGUACGCGAGCUCACAUCGCGUGAAAAUCAACGAAAAACGGCUGAUUUGCAGUGCGUCAUAGCGAAAAUCACAAAUACACUGCCCGCGCCGAGUGCAAUCGCCGUGCGCACGUCGAAGAAGACGUUCUCGAUUCGCCAGCGCGGUGAUAGAGCGCACAUGCACACGCGGCCGUGUUGUUUACGCUAGCCUCUUCGAAGUGAAAAGAACAAAAUGUAUCGCAUCGUCAAGCAGGCAGCAGAUCCGCCAAGUCGAUAAUACAGCACAACACGGACCGAACCCCAGAGCUGCAACCAGCCGUGUGCAUGCAUCCCAGAUACCAGUUCGUCGCGUGAAAAAAACAGUGAAUACCACAUAGAAGCAGAUUUUUUUAUUACCGACAAGACGCAGAGAAGAGAAAUAAUUUAAUUCCAGAUAAAGAUUACGAAUAGAACGGAAUAAUGGGCAAAUUCGGUAAAAAAUGUCGCUUGCUGUCGAUGCUAUGGCUGACGACGAUGUUCUUCUUCGUCGAGAUUGUUGUCGGAUACGUUACCAACUCGAUGGCGUUGGUUGCCGACAGUUUUCACAUGCUCAGUGAUGUGUUAGCCUUAGUGAUAGCGUAUAUGUCUGUUAAGAUGUCGCCAAAGAAAUGGUCCAAAAAUACGUUUGGCUGGGCGCGCGCAGAAGUCCUGGGCGCACUGGUCAACGCCGUCUUUCUUGCGGCCUUGUGCUUAUCCAUUUUGAUGGAGGCCAUCAAGCGGUUCAUCGAAAUCGAGCCGAUUCAUGAUCCACAACUGUUGGUGAUUGUCGGUGUCAUCGGUUUGGUUAUUAAUCUUAUAGGAUUAGCACUUUUCCAUGAACAUGGUUCUGCGCAUGGUCAUAGUCAUGGCGGCCAUGGGCAUUCACACGGUGGUCGUCUAAAGACUAGUCGUAAUCGCCUCACACAAUUGGCGGUUACCGAUGAUAACGAGAACGAUGAGACCUAUCCGAGCCCACCGCCACAGCCUAGACACGGCGAUGACAAUCAUUCACACGCGCCACCUCCGUCUGCCACUCAGAUGAAUAUGCGCGGUGUUUUCCUUCAUGUACUUUCCGACGCGCUUGGUUCCGUUAUUGUUAUUAUCUCGGCGGUCAUUUUCUGGAAGACUGACUGGGUGUUUAAGUAUUACAUUGAUCCGGCGCUCAGUGUCCUGCUUGUUAUGUUGAUUCUGCACUCGGUGUGGCCUUUGCUGCGUGACUCUGGGCUGAUUCUUCUGCAGACUGUGCCUACACAUAUACAAGUUGAUGCUAUUAAGGGCCGUCUGUUGGCUAAAGUCGAUGGAGUUUUGGCUGUGCACGAAUUUCACGUUUGGCAGCUGGCCGGUGAUAAAAUUAUUGCUUCCGCACACAUUAGAUGUAGAAAUUUAUCGGAAUAUAUGCGAAUCGCCGAAAAGGUGAAGGAAUUCUUCCAUAACGAAGGCAUUCACUCGACAACCAUUCAACCGGAAUUUAUCGACAUUGAUGAUGCCAACACUGAUAGCGGCGAGGAGCGUGAAACACCCGACAACUGCGUGCUCGACUGCCCGAAAACUGCCAGCAAUGACAACUGCAUUUUCAACACGUGCUGCGGACCUCCACGCGAUGAGGGUCGGGGCUCACCUUCGCUGGAAGACAACGAAACGUACACCUGCCGGCAGCGCACCAGCACCGCGACGUUAAACUCGCGCAAUCAGGAGGUGAACGACAUGGAGAAUGGUUCACUGCUUAGCAUUGGUAGCAAAUUUUCAUCGGCGCGCGGCAAAUGCGGCGGUGAUUGCGCGUGUGAUCCAAAGUGUUCGCAAAUCAGCAUCGGGCACGAACUAUGUGAUUGACAAUGGAUAUAAUAGCAGAUAUAUAUUCGCAAAUCUUAACGAUAACUUCUAAUUAUUAUUAUUAUUACUAUCAACUACGGUUUUUUUAAACAUUUACGAUUAGGAUGAGUGACUUUUUAAACAGCGUUCAUGUACGAAACACUUGAACACGGAUCACAUUCACGCACUGCACCCCGUUUUUCGUGAAGGUGUGACGCACUCACAUUGUGAUUUUAACGUACAUAUUGUCCAGGCCCAGAGUAUUUUUCUAAUUUAAUGAUAGCUUCGCUUGUGCCCGAUUCUAGUCUACGAAAUACUUGUUUUAAACAAACAUUGUUUACACUUCACAAUCUGCGCGAGAUUAUUACGGAUCAUUUUAAAUGAGAUUUGUGGCAUUUUGUAUUAAUUGAAAAACAUUUAUUAUUACUUCAUAUAUAAUUUAAAAACGACUUACACCGGAGUUGCGAUGAGUGGCGAAGCUGAAUUUAUGUUAUUAUUUUAUUAUCGACGAACAUUUCUUCCAUGUGUGAAUAUUGAACAUGAUACGUGAUUGUACAGUCAGAUUAAUUUUUACAAUUUCAAGUAUAAAUUAAGAAUUUAUUUUA